AUGAAGUUAAGAGCAUCAUGGCGUAUAUUUGCAUAUGAGGUUCACUAUAGGAAACCUUCUGUAGUAAGGCUUCCUUUCCAUCUUCCCGGGCAGCAACCAGUUGUAUAUGGUGGGGACGAUGAUCUUGAUGAUGUCCUCAACAAGCCUUCUGUAAAUUCUUCGAUGUUCUUAUCUUGGAUGAAGCGUAACGAAGGUGAUGAAGAAGCACGAAAACUUAAUUAUGUUGAAUUCCCAACGAAGUACGUGUGGAAACUAAAAGAGCGUUGUUGGGAACCCAGGAAAAAAUGUGAGUCGAUUGGUAGAAUUCAUGCGGUGUCUCCUGCUCUCGGUGAAGCAUAUUUUUUAAGAAUUCUUUUAAACAAAGUCAAAGGUCCAAGAUCUUUUGAAGAAAUUCGUACGGUAAAUGGGCAUAUAUAUCCUUCUUUUAGAGAUGCAUGUUAUGCACUAGGACUUUUAGAUGAUGACAUGGAGUAUAUCGAAGCCAUUGAGGAAGCAAAUGAGACAGGUUCUGGUUAUUAUCUACGGUCUUUAUUUGCGACCAUGCUAAUGUCUAAUAGUUUAUCUAGACCGGAUUUUGUUUGGGAAAAAACCUGGAAAAUUUGGUCCGAUGGCAUUCAACACAAACGGCAUAGACCAGGCACUCCAGCAUUGCCACGUACUGAUGAUCAACUUUGGAACCUAACUUUUUCAGAGAUUGAAAAUAUUUUACUUGGUAAUAAUUCAGUCUACGAAAGUUUACGAUGA